AUGCGAAUUACUUCUUCCGUGUUGGGACUCACUGGACAGAUUAGAGCGAAAUUCGUUGGCCGUAUUCAUCAACGAACCCAGUGGGUUCCCGAACCCACUGGCCGUGACAUCUCUCACGUGAAGGCCAUUCUGGAGGAAGCUGGUAUAACCGAUUACGACCCACGUGUGGUUCAUCUGCUUUUGGACCUGCUCUACACUACUACCUCUGGCUUAUUGACUGAGGCAAAGGCUAUUUCACAGCAUUGCGGAAAGAUGGUGAUUGACGAGACGGAUGUCCAAAUCGCGGUUGAGAUGAGUGGGCUUCUAUGCGACGGCAAGCCUAACCGAGCCGAUUUAUUGAAAAUGGCAUGCGAACGAAAUGCACAGCCUUUACCUCAAAUUCGUCACAAUUUUGGGCUCAAACUCCCCAACGACAGAUUUUGUUUGUUGCAACCAAACGUCGAAUGGCGGGGAUCGGACAGAACAACAGCAGAUUUGCUGGCUAACAAUGCCCCUCUCACAGUAGGGCAACCUCCGGCUCAUGCGAUCGGCGUUCGAAGAAAUAGAACUGCGAAUAACUUCCAAAAGCAUAAAGCACAGAGUUGGGUUCGCACUCUCGGGAUCUAA